GAGCAUCUACCUCAAACCACGCUUGAACUGCACGGAAACCAACAAAUCGGAUCCGCUGUUAUUCCCGUCGGCAUUAAGAACUCAGCCGCAAUGUGUACCCUGUUGAUGCAUAACUACACAUGUGGCUGCAAGAGAGAAGGGCAGUACAUCCAAAGCGCAGAGCGCCACGGCAGCAACGUCAAGUGUGAUUCAAUCAACAAAGAACAGAUGCCACCUUCCUUGCACAUGUGUAUUCAGCACAUGAUCAAGCCUGGCAAAGCUGAGAUGCACCGUCCAGUGGAGCGUACCGGUUGAACGCGAGGGGUUUGGAAGUUGCGAGGGGACGCAGGAUGAGCAGCGGAAAUGGAGGUGAUGCGAGGGCAUCGAUGUUGACGGAGUGCGAUUGGG